AUGCAACGUGCAGGCUGCGGCAUUGUGCGGCCUGGAAGGGGCUGCCACACGACGCCGCUUUACUGCAGUCUGGCAACCAUCUCGACCGGUGUCUUUGAUCACUUACCGUUUCAGCACCGGCGUCAGCAUGCCUUCAACACCCUUCCGUUGCAUGACGCAAACCAUUUUGGAGGCCGGACCGCGUACUUGCGUGAGAUUGGCCCGGUGAACAUCAAAAAGAGCGGACGACGGUUUAAGAAGGAUCUGCGGACGGUCCAGUUUAACGUCGAUAUGUGGUGUGCGCAACAGACGUUGCGGAAGCGGUGGAAGCAGCGGGAUUGGGAGGUGAUCGAAGUGCCGUUCCGGCUGGCACCGGCGGAACAGCAGCGUGUCAUACCGGAGAUGUACACUGACGUGCCGCCGAUGACAGACCCCGAGCGUCAUGACUUUAGCAACAUACGAAACAAAGUCUACGACCGUGAAGAGUUGCAAAGCGUACUUUUUGGAGCGUCCGGGCCGCUGCCGUACCCUCCACUGCAGCGUAUCGAUCGGCAGGCCAUGACGUUGGACAAGUUCCUGUAG